UGAAGAAAAAAGCUGGCGGUGCCCCGAUGAUGGCCUGUGAUGCAACAAGUGGUGCUGUGUAGUGGUGGUGGUGUCGAGUGAAAAUAGUGGAAAACAGCUCAGUUGCGACCGGGGAGCACAUGAAGAAGAAGAAGAAAGGAAAAAGAGAUCUAAAAUCUGAAAAGCGCCAAGUGAAAAGAAAAACGGGAAAAGCGGAGAAAAGGCGGUGUGUGGGUUUGGUAGAAAAUUCGCUAUCUAAAGUGUGACGUCGUCGGCAGAUUUCUUUUUGUUAUUUAGUGGUGGUGGAAAUUCGCGUUAAUUAAAGAAAAGGGGAAAAAGUAAGGAAGUGCUUGCGCUUGAUCAUCGUGUUUGGGGAUUUAAAACAAGGAAUCAGCAGUAGCAGUAGAAGUGGAGGAGGAAAAAAAGCAGUUCCCGUUUUAUUGCAAGUUGGAGGAAAAACUGCAAUCAUGUCGUAUCGGAGCAGUUAUAGUUACCCUUGGAAGUCGAGCUACGUCCCGUCCAGCUCGUCUUAUUCGUCGUCCAGUUCCUCCUACGGAAGCAGUAGAUUCUCGACCGAACCAUCAUCGAGUUCCCGGUUCGGAUCGUUGAGUUCUACGGCCGGCGGCAGCAGCUACCGUCCCUCGUUUACUUCCGGAACGUACCGAUCGCCGCGAUCGACAGCGUCCAAUGUGUCGACGUACAUCAACCGGUACUCAAGCAUCGCGGCGGAGAAGGAGAAGGAGAAAGAGGAGGAGAGGAGACGCGAGCGGGAGAGGGAGCGUGAGCAGCGCGAGAAAGAGCGAGAGAAGGAGCGCGAUCGCGAGAAGGAACGACUGAUCGAGACUUCCAAGAAGCUGGAAGCCGAGCUGGAGAAAGACAAACCGAAGCUGAUCAAGCGAUCGGCGCUGAUCGCAGCGAAGUAUGGGGCAGCCUCGAAUGACAGUGAGGAUACGUCGAAGGGAAAGACAGCGAUCACGAAACCGAAGAAAGACAACGCACCUCCGGUGACCUUCACGACCCGAUACGGAAAGGCCGGUGUAGCUAGGGAAAAGUCCAGGGAGCCUAGUCCAGCGACUCGGACGAAUUCAUCGACCAACCUUACACCAAAUCGAGCCAAAGCUAGAGAUCCGAGCCCUGCAGGCGGGGCUGUUGCGAACAAGAUUCGGUCCAGAGAUCCUAGCCCGGCGGUGGAAACCAGAAGGGCCGGAUAUUCCUCCAACAUCGCAAGCAAACUAACACCUAAAGAAACCCCAACGACAAACGAUUACCGACGGCAACCAUCGAACACGUUGAACAGCUUCUUGCAGAAUCGUGCGCGAUCACGCGAUCCAAGCCCAACCGUACGCACACGAACUUCCAGGGAACCAAGCCCAGCGGAACCGAAGCGAACACUGAAACCGUUUACCAGUGCACGAUCAAGAGAUCCAAGUCCCGCUACCCCAAGAACCACAACCACUGCAAGGACGAUCAACCGAUCGCGCGAUCCUAGCCCGGCAGAGCCGAAGAAGUUCAGCAGUAGCAUUACCAUCAAACCUACAAUACGAUCGCGAGAUCCUAGCCCGGCAGAGUCCAAGAAGAUCCCUCUCUUUACGUCCAGCAAGCUUAGAUCACGCGAUCCUAGCCCGGCGGGUAGCAAACUGUCAAGCUACUCGAGCACCACCCCGCGAACGCGGACUCGUGAUCCAAGUCCAGCGGGUGGUAAACAAACAUCCACCUACGGACGAACCCUAACCAGCAAAGACAAACCGGCAGAGAGUCGAUCGCUAACGCUGCCAACAAGAAAAACACGCGAUGCUAGUCCGUCGGUGUCGAACAUCCGAAGCCGCGAUCCCAGUCCAGCUCAUAGUACCACUAGAAGAUCCUCUCGGGAGCCAUCCCCAACGGAGUCGAUACGGGAAAAGUACGGCUUGAACUCAACCACCUAUCGACCGUACGGAAGAACCAGCAGCAACAGCAUCGGAACCUCAUCCUCGCGGAUAUCGAUGAACUCGAGCCCAGUUCCCACAAGUCCCAUCGGAGGCAUGGCCCUCUCGUACAUGACCUCGAACGAGGCGAUCGCAGCCCGCACGAGUCGACCCUCGUCGCGGCUGGUGCUGAACUCGCAGUCCCGUGAGGUUUCGCAGUGCCCGUCGCCGCUGUUGAUACGAAGUCAGAUCUUUUCGCCCGAACCGCCCACGGUGCAAAUCGUCGAGACAGAUGACAAGAAGGAGGAUGAGGAUGAGGAGGAGAGUGAAACGUCGACCGAGACGGAAACGUCAGAGGAGGAGUCUUCGGAGGAGACGGAGAGCAGCGUGGAGCCGGAACCGAAGAUCUUCAUGGAGAUAACGCUGGUGACUAGAGCGACAUCACCGACUCCACCGGGGUCUACGCCGUACAUUCGAGCAAGACGAGCUGAAAUGUGCAAAACGAUCGAAAAGACAAUCCAGAAGCAGAUACUGAACGUUCAGACGGCGGAUAAGGCCAUCCAGUCCGACAGGAUGGAUGAUUCGACCAAGUAUCUGCGAUACAAUCAGCCAUCGAACAGGACUUGGUCACCGUUCCUGGAUACAAAGUUCAGCUCUAGUGCAUCUUCUGGCUACACGCGGUAUUCGAGCGCUUCUUCACGCUACAGCCGCGAUAGUACGAGUCGUGAAACCAGCGUCUGUUCAACACGAAGUGAUGUUCCCGAAAAGAAGGAGGAGAAGAUUUCCACGUUAGCCGCUCGUGUCAAAGAGAUGAGCUUGUCGAAAUCUGCCAGCCCGAAGGGUAUUGCUGCCAGCAGUAGAUCAUCGACGAGUACUCCGUCGAUCAAGCAGAAGACACCCCCGAAGCAAAAAUCCCCGGAGAAGCCUCCACCGGCUCCGAUGAAGGACGGUUCUCCGGCAAAGUCCAUGACCGCUUUCAAUUCCCGAGUCAACAAAGACUUCCGCAAAUCGGCCCUCAACAUGGGUCCAGCUCCGGAUCGACCACGCAAGGGCUCCAGCUCUUCGUCCAAGUCGAGCUCAUCAACCUCCUCGUCGUCCACAGCAACGCAGACGACGGAACCGGCGCAACAGAACGGUAGCCGGAUACCGCAAGCUGGAAACCGCACAAGCGCCAGUCCCUGCCGUCGGUCUGACCGCGCGUCUUCGACAAGUUCGGACGCGAGCAGCUCCACAGCUACUUCGUCCUCGUCAACGGAGUCCGACGCUACUCAAACUCGAUCGACUGCGGCCGCUUCGACGGACGAGCCGAACGCCAACAAUGAACUGCUGAUGCGAGCGAUUCAGCUGGCGACGAACUUUGUCCAGAACAACAACCGAAAUCACACGAGCUGGUUCGAGAACGGCUCGGCGGUGAGUGUGCCGGAAAUUCAGCCGCCGCAGGAGGGUAAAACCGGUUGGGAGGCCGGGACGCACUACAUGGAGAGCAUAAAGGAUGACGAUUCUAGCGAUGAAGAGGACGAAGAGGGAAGUGGGUCCGGGUCGGGACCGCUGCAGAAGGCAUCAUGGUGGAACAAUGACGACGGGUUCGUGAAGCAUCCGCCGGUGCAGGCGGUCACGAUGCAGGAAGAACCGGCGGCCAAGAGUUACACCUAUCGGAUACGGCCGGUUCAGUCCGGUGAGAAGGCCUGGUGGAUGACGGAGGAAAGCGAAAAGACUGAAGAGGGAAGUGAAGUGACGGAUGAGGUGGCGGAAGCGAAUGAUAAUGCUAGUACGGCGCUGUACAGUCCGUUUAAGCCGAUACUGAAGGCGGAGUCAGGUGAGAAACCGUGGUGGAUGACGGAUACUGGGGGUAAGACUGAGGAGCAGGAAGAUCAGCAAGAGGAGGAGGAAGAGGAGGAGGAGGAGGAACAGGAAGCAAGCUCGAAUGGUUACGGCAAUGGGGAAAGUCAGAGUUAUGCACCGUAUAAACCGAUAAGAGUGACAAGAGUGGAGUCAGGUGAGAAGGCAUGGUGGAUGAUGAGCACAGACAACGUACCGGCGAAGGGAAAGUCACAGGAGUCGUCACUUUCGAAGAGCGCAAGUCGGGAAGCGUCCAAGGAAGUUAGUCCCGAAAAGAAAGGUCCCGGGUUUACUGUUUACACGUUGGAAGCAGAAGAUGAGGCAUGGUGGCAACAGGCAAUGGCCGAGCUGGAAAAGAAGGACAAGAGUAGUUCUAGUGCCAGCAGUAGUAGAGCUCCCUCGAAGGAACCAACGCCGGAACCACGGCAACAAGGCUUCAUCGUAACCCGAGCGGAGUCCGGUGAGAAGGCCUGGUGGAUGUACAGCGAGGAAAAGGCGAACGAGGAAGGCAGCUCUGAUUCGUCAGUGAAGGAAUGCAGUCCGGUGAAGGCGAAACCGUUCAAGAUCACGCACAUUGCGUCCGGCGAAGCUCCCUGGUGGAUGACAGAUGAAGGUAAUCUAUCGCGAUCCGGCUCUAAGAGCAACGUGGUCAGCAGGUCCAACAGCUUCAACAACUCGAAGAGCAACGUUGUCAGCAGGUCUAACAGCUUCAACAACUCGAAGAGCAACGCGGUCAGCAGGUCCAACAGCUUCAACAACUCAAAGCAGCAAAGUCCGACCAAGUACAGAAUCACGCGGGUAGAGUCCGGAGAGAGAGCCAACUGGAUGGAUAGUCCCGAAGAAAAGAGCGUCAGUCCGCAGAAAUUGACAUCGCUCAUCGAGCAACACGGCGAAGAAGAAGACCAUCACCAUCAUACCGAGAUGGACCUGGACGAGGAAAUCCAAAGCAUCGGAAAGUUUGUAGCUGGUCUACCACAGUUCCCAACCGGGGAAUCAACCAUCGAACUCCUCGUCGAAACGCCCCUCGGCGAUCGCGCCAGUCCGGAAGGUGUCGAAGAUUCCAAACAGAAUCGAUCCUCCCCGUACGACAACAUUCCUCAAAGCUCCAACAACAACUCGGCAACGCUCGAACCACGACCCUACCAGCUGGAACUGAACCAAAAACCCGCCGAACCGGCGCUAUUCAUUUCGCGCCACACCAACAUCGAUGAUCUGCUGGGCGGAUCGUGCCACCCGUUGAGUCCGAUGAUGGAUCGGAUGUUCGUGAUGGACGAUCUGAUGGAGAUUUCACCACAUGAUGUGCGGGUCCACGACAGCACGGCGCAAUUCAUCUACGGCGGCAGUGGUGAAGAUAGUUCACUGCGGAAAGCUGGGCUGGACGAUGCCGCCCUGCAAGUGUACAAAGACGGCGACUAUGGCGCUUAUCUGGACCUGGAGUCGUCGCUGGCGGAGCAGUCCGAGGACAUUGAGGGACUCAAUGCGAAUCGCAAAAAUUCCCUCGUCGUUCGAACCCAGCUCAGUGUCAGGGUGCACUGUAUUAUUGAAAAACUCCUCUCCUGCGAUGGCCGUGAGCUGCGGAGGGCGCUCUUCUCGCUGAAGCAGAUCUUCCAGGAGGACAAAGACCUGGUGCAUGGCUUCGUGGCGCUCGGCGGGCUAAACUGCCUGGUGCAGAUCGGAAACGAGGCCGACCAGAACUACCAGAACUACAUCCUGCGGGCCCUGGGCCAGGUCAUGCUGUACGUGGAUGGGAUGAACGGGGUCAUGAAGCAUUCGCCCACGAUCCAGUGGCUGUACUCGUUGAUUGCGUCCAAGUACCGGCUAGUGGUCAAGACGGCCCUCAAGCUGCUGCUGGUGUUUGUCGAGUACUGCGAGGGCAACUGCUACCUCAUGGUCAGCGGCAUUCGGUUCGUCGAUACGGCCCGCGGGGUGGUGCCCUGGAAUAACAUUAUGAAACUCCUCAAAGACUACGAAAACGCCGACACCGAGCUGCUCAUCUACGCGACCUCGCUGAUCAACAAGACCCUUUCGGGCCUCAGCGACCAGGACAGCUUCUACGACGAGAGCGACUUCCUGGAGCAGCAGGGCAUGGAGGGCAUCAUCCAGCGGUACAUGUCCCGGCCGGGCACCGACCUGGACCUGCUGGACCAGCUGCAGCUGUACGAAACGGUGCUGAGGUUCGAGGACGGCGAAACGGACGGGAUUCGAAUUCCGGACAAUACGGUGCGCAAGACGCUGCGGUACAGGUCGAACGAAAACGACCGGCGGAAGUCACGCCGACACAGUACGGGAACGGCUCCGUCGGCUCAACCUCCACCGGUUCCACCGCCACCUCCGCCGUCACUGUUGAUGUCCAUGCCGCCGAGUAUUCCGCCGCCGCCUCCACCUCCACUGCCUCCUCCGGUGGCCCCGGUCAUGGUGUACGGCUCGUUACGGCAAGCCGUGCAGCAGCAAGCGCACGACGAGGACAGCUCGAGUUCGGCGAACUCGGCGGAUCACAAUCUUGGUGGGGGUGGUGGCUAUCGGGACACUUCGCGUGAUACUACCGGGGUAACGCCCGGUCUUCGGAGGAGACGCGAGCGGGCCGAACGGCAGAAGAGUUUCAUGAGGGAACAGCAGGAACUGACCCAGUUCAAGGCGCAGGAGGAGACCAACGGUCACGGUUACAUCCUAACCCACACUCCAGCGCCAAUCCAGCAACCCCAACCUCCAGUUCGACUGCGGAGCAACGGUACGGCCCGACUCUGCAACGCAACCAUCAACGAGUACGAACCGACGACGACGACGACUUCGCCGCGCAUUCCAAGCCUAACUCAGUCUGUGAUCUAUACUAAGCAUAACACUAAUAACCAUAACCUCGGAGAUCUUGGAGGUCGAACCUCGGAUCACCACGCGGUCGAGUACAGGAACAGCAAGAACCUGCUGCUGAACGGUAAGCACAACGGAACCAACGGGCACUACAACGCCAACGGCAAUGGGUACGGCAAGACGCUGGAUCUGAACGGGAACAUGCCGAACGGGAGGAGCAUGACCAGCAGUCCGGAGGAGUUGGACGAGAACGAGAGUCCCAAUAUUAAGAUGAAUGGGAGCUAUGGGGAGAUCAACGGGUACGGGAGUACCAAUGGGUAUUUGAAUGGGUAUGGGGGUAAGCAGCAGAAUCUGCAGAAUGGGAAGGACCAUGAACAUCGGCAGCGUAAUGGUGGGAGUGGUGGAGUCAACGGGUAUGUCAACGGUAAUGUAAUGUCCAAUGGAAGUCACGUGGAGCAGAAUGGGAAGCAGGACUCGACGCAAGUGGACUCCGACAACGAGGAAAAGAAGCUGAUUCUGCAGCUCAAAAAAGACCACACCGUGAAGGACCUGACGCAGAAGCUGAGCAGCCUGCCGCUGAGCCCCCAGGAGGACAAAUCGGCCCAGGCGAACCGCCAAAUCGGCGACAUGUCCGGCCUCAUCUCCAAAGCCAAAGAGGGCCUGGCCAAGAGCAAAAGCAACAAGGACAUUUCCCGCUCGCCCUCCGUCGACAGCGACAUCAAGAAGCUGGCCACGGCCACGGCUGCGGAGCAGCAGAAAAAGUCCGAAAACGAACUCCACUGGGAGGAAAUUAUCAAAAACAUGACCCGCAAGCUGAAUCUGUGCGACCUGGACUUUACCGAUCUCACCUCGGACGACGAUAAGGACGUGCUGGCGCCGCGGGGCUUCGGCGGGGCCGUUCCUCCACCACCGCCACCAGCCGGCGGAAUGAUGAUGCCGCCGCCCCCGAACAUGAUGAUGGGCGCCGGUGGACGGGUCAACCCGAUGGCGCCCCCGAUGAUAUUCGCCAACGGUGGCGGUGGCCUGCUGAUGAACCCGGCCGCCAUGACCAACGGAAUUGCCGGCAGCGUGGGUGACCUGAGCGGGAUGAACACAAUCAAGAAGAAUAAAAAGACUGUAAAACUUUUCUGGAAGGAAGUACGCGAGGACAUGAUCCCGGCGACGAUACACCGCACCAUUUGGGACGAGCUGCCGGAGGCCAACGUGGACACCCAGAAGUUGGAGCAUUUGUUCGAAUCCAGAGCCAAAGAUCUGAUGACAAAGAAGCAACAAGAGCUAAACAAGAACAAAGAGGUCAUCGUGCUGGACCACAAGCGCUCGAACGCAAUCAACAUCGCGAUGACGAAGCUGCCCCCGCCGCGAGCCAUCAAGGCCGCCAUCCUUAAAAUGGACUCCACGGUGGUGACCCGCGAGGGCAUCGAGAAGCUGCUGAACAUGCUCCCCACCGACGAGGAACGCUGCAAGAUCCAGGAGGCGCAGAUGCUCAACCCGGAACUCCCACUGGGAACGGCCGAACAGUUCCUGCUAACCCUGUCCUCGAUCUCCGAGCUCGGCGCGCGCCUCAAGCUGUGGGCCUUCAAGCUGGACUUUGAGAACAUCGAGAAGGAAAUCGCCGAACCGUUGAUGGACCUCAAGCAGGGCAUCGAACUCCUAAAGGCGAACCUCACCUUCAAGUGCAUCCUCUCCACCCUGCUCAAGAUCGGCAUCUUCCUGAACGGUGCCCCCGUCAAGGGCUUCCAGAUCGACUACCUGGCCAAAGUACCUGAGGUGAAGGACACCGUCCACAAGCACUCGCUGCUGCACCAUCUGUGCCACAUGGUCAUGGAAACCCAGGCGAACACCACCGAUCUGUACUCGGAGAUUGGACCGAUUACGCGCGCUUCGAAGGCGGACUUUGGCGAGUUGGCGCACAACAUCACCUACCUGGAGACGGAGUGCAAGGCGUCGUGGGAUCGGCUGAAGCUGAUCAGCAAGCACGACACGGCGCCGCAUCUGAAGCAGAAGCUGAUCGACUUUCUGGCGGACUGCGCCGAGCGGAUCAUCAUCUUGAGCAUCGUGCAUAGGAGGGUGCUGAACAGGUAUCGCAAGUUCCUGAUGUGGCUGGGCGUCCCGCAGCACCGGAUCGCCGAAUCCCGGCCGAACGAGUUCUGCCGGAUCGUGUCGGAGUUCGCGCUCGAAUACCGCACGACCCGCGAGCGCGUCCAGCAGCAGAUCGAAAAGAAGGCCAACCACCGAGAGAGAAACAAGACUAGGGGCAAGCUCAUCGUCGAGGUGGGCAAGUUCAAGGGUACGACGACCGGUGCUUCCGGCGGUGCCACCACCCAGGAGGAUCUGGCCGAUGUGGAGCUCAAGACCCUCCUCGGCACGCCCACCAAGGGUCCCGGCGGGGACGAGGUCGAGAUGAGCGGAACGUUGACGUGGCGACGCCGGCGGGGUGACGCCACGGCUUCGCCGGUCGUGCCCGGUUCCGGUCGUAAUAGUGCCCUGAACGCCAGCUUUGGAGGCCACCACCACAACCGGGACGAAAGCUUCACCGACGGGGACGACGAGAUACUGGAGUCGCUCGUCAAGACGGCAACCAAAGCGGCCACGCCGAGACCCACGCAGCGGGAACGGAAACGGACCCGACAGGCGGAUCGAAAGUCAUUAAGACGAACGCUGAAGAACGGACUAUCGGAGGAGGAAAAGCAACACGUGGCCUCGCUGAUAAAGGGAUACUAACGGGGCAGCAGCAGUUUCAACUCUCAACGAUAAAUUUAAGGGGUUCCGGAGUGCAGCAAACAGUGACGAUGACCGAGCUUCAGCGGAAAUUUCAAAUAACAACAACAACUCGGAGAAAAUGUGAUAGCAAAAUUGCGAAGCGAAUAAACUAAAAACAAAAAACAAAACAAAAAGAAACAAACUAGAGCGGAAAUUAGCAAGAGGAAAGAGUGUCGCCUGCGACUGGCAGUUCGGGGCAAGAAAAAGUUUCGGACAGGUUCGUUCAAAGUCGUGACACGGUAAUAUUUUGCUUUCUAUAUGUUGUGGAGAGACUAGUCUUUAUCGGAACGGAUAUGCAAACUAGGAAAGUUGCGAAAGUGGGAGCGAGCGAGAGAAAAAAAAGGAGCUCCGUCGUACUUUUUUUGACAUUUAUUUCAGACUGUUGGGUCGAACUCGAACUUCUAAAUGCAAAUAUCUAUAAUACUAAAAUAUACAAUAUGUGUACUAAAAAAAUAUAACAUUACAAGAAGCGAGCGAGAGCCUAGGUAGGAUUCCUAUAAUGAAUAAAAAAUAAAAGAAAUCUUUCAGUGACUUAAUAAAAUGAUUUUUAAAAAGUGGUAACGAAAGCAUUGUGAAAUAGAUUUUCCAAAAACUAUGGUAAGGCAAAGUACUGUAAACCUAACGAAAACUAGCCCCUUUCAGAAGGGAGUUGCAACAUUUCAACACUGUAAAAUAAUGACUCAUAUACGAUAUACAAUAUAAAUUAUUGAAUUAUAUCAAAGAAAACUAAAUGAAUAAAAUAGACAUAUUUUAAACAAGAAA